AUAAUGCGUUAUUCUGAUGGAAACUGAAACUAUUAAUUUUCCUAUUUUAAUAUGAUAGUAUAUUGAGUCAUCACACUGGUACGGUAUAAAGGCAAAUCAUAUGUUGCAGACCGUUGUGUAUGAAUGGGUUGAAUUUCACCAGGUUAUUUACAUUUGUUCAGUUCAGGAAGGACGUUUACAACUCGAAUUCUUCAAACAAAGGAUAAAAACAUAAUGAGCGAAGCGUUGGAGGAUUCUAGGGCAUGGUCUCUAAGAGUAUCCCGGGCCUUAAAUGACAUCGGGGUCACCAGACGCAUUGUAGCCAGGAGGAGGAGGACUUGGCUGAGAAUAGAGGCAGUCAAUACACUUUUAUGUACAUUAGUGGGUUCAGAUAGGACAACGUACUUUUUUGGAAGUCAGAGCGAAGGAACUACUACUCUAGGAAUGAAAUCUGAUGUUGAUAUAUUAUACAGUAAAACAAAACAUGCAGUACUGUUAGACUGGAGAGAGUGGCAGAUGGGGAAGUUCAAUUUUCUUGUGAAAAAGACAGAGGGGUCCCCGCCCCAACACUGUUACCUCCAGAGACUGAGGCUGGACUGCCCUCUGCCAAUGACAGAAGUUUUCGAUCAUGAAAAUGUGAUUGAUUGUGAGGGCAAUGUGUUCGUGCGAAAUGAUGUAGGAGAUAAUUCACUACAAACCCAAGCUGGGGUGAAACUGAUAUCACAUGGACCAUCGAGAAGUUUUGGUGACGAUGUUGACAUGGUUAGUGCAUAUCAAUGUGCUAGGUUACCAGCAGAGUGUCAGUUCCUCUUUUAUAGACCCCGCCCUGGACACUGGCCCACAUCUGACAUGUUGGUACAGGCAAGUCAAUUUCCAGUAUUUCUUGUGAAGCAAGGCUACCCGGACAGUCCUUAUCAUCAGCGGUUACUGGAAUGGAGAUUUUCUACAUCUCUCAUGGAACGGUUACUUGUAUUUAGUUUCAAUAUAAUACAAAUUAAAGUGUAUGUGUUGCUAAAAAUGAUAAGGAAAUCAUUUCUAAAGCAGUUCGUAGGAGACAAUCUUAGCACAUUUCACAUUAAGACAGCCAUGAUGUUCACCAUAGAGAGCUAUCCGCCUGACAUAUGGAGGGAAGAAAACAUUGUACAGUGCGCUCUCUACUGCAUGACCACUCUGUUCAGGUGGCUAAAACUAGGCUACUGUCCACAUUUCACAAUCUCUGGGGUGAACCUGUUUGUGGGGAAACUGGGUAAACCUGAACUACACACCCUGUUGUCAGUUGUUGCUGACAUCAUGUGCGACAACCUCAGUUGUAUAACCUUGAUACAAAUGGAUGAAUUAGGGGCCAGAUUACAGCCGGUUACACGAGCUUUUCCUGGUAAAUCACGACAUGAGAUAAACAUGGAAAUAUGUGGACGUAUGUGUAGGCAGUUUUGUUCUACCCAUCAAUAUUUCCUAUUCGAAUUUCCAAAUGGAAUCGUAACAUUGAGCAAUCUUUACAAUAAUUUUAGUCGACUCAACAUUCUUAACGACAUGCUGCGUGAACCGAGCUUUGAGAAAGAAGCAUCAACAAUUAUAUUACGGUUUGUUGCAAACAAGUUAGCAUCUGCCCUGGCCUCUGAGAAGUUACGCCUAAACCAACCAAUCACAGGUGAUAUAAUGCAGGUGUACUGUUUGUCCUUUGAAUCUGACUUGCUGUCCAGCAGGCUGAAGUUUGCCUCUAUGUUAUACUGCAGCGGGCAGUAUGAGGCAGCAGCUUCAGUGCUUAGUUACUGUGAGGGCCUGCUGGGGCCGCAUGUGUGGCAGCACUGUGCCUGCGGGAGAGUACACAAACCUAGUCGGGCAUUUCUUGUAAAAUGUCUCAAAACUGAAAAUGACCUUGAAUUUCAUAAAAAAUCAGUUGCAAGUUGUAUAAUAUUCACACACCUGGAAACAUGGGUUGUGCCUGACCACCUUCUGUAUGAAAUGUGCAGAAAAACAACAAGCGAAGAUGCUUUUAUAAUGGAUAGCGAACUGCAGUGGAUGAAAUACGUGGUAAUUGACUGCAUACCAUUUCUCUACUACCUUCAAUAUCUUACGUACAGGGAGCUUGACCAACCAGACAGGAAACACACUGCAUUACAAAACCUAAAUAACUACCUCUGUAACCCUGGAGGUGUGAGUGGACAUGUUGAGACAGUGACAAAUGUUCUUGGACACUGCUACGAGCUUGAAAACAGGCCGGAUAUGUUCUGGCAAUGUUACACUCAGUCUCUACACAACCAUCCAAGAAACAAUGCUGCCAACUGGCAUGUAAUGAGAUUGCUGAACCAACAGGCGAGGCAGAGAUAGUGAUAGAUUAGAAGUUCUUAAAAAUGAGAAGCACUAUUAUGACUGUUGUGUUGGAUUUAUUUACAAGUUCAAACUGACAUUUUUCAAUAAAAUUCAAAGGAAUAUGUAUUUCUAUCACAAUAAAUUAUCGAUGAAUU